GUUGUCAACUACGCUUUGACCGCAAACGUGCGAACCGUGCUUCACCUUGCAAUGCUUAUUAAAUGCAUCGAGCAAACGCACGCACACGGCUCACGUGGUCAGUGCUCGUCGCCCGCCCCCUUAUCGUGCUUUGCACGUCACGAAAACGCCUGAGCACAGUAUCACCAUGGCAUGUCCUAGGAUCUUGCCUAUAUUCAGUUCGAGUUGGAAAUCAACCUUAUAAGGACAAAUUGCGUUCGGUUACAUACAAAAACCUUAAUCGCUUGCCUUGUCCUACGAUUCGCUACCGUAAGGAUGGACAGCCAGGAAUAUAGCGGUGUGUCAGGCUCAUUUGAGUCCUACGCCUCAGGAAACAAUUAUAGCGAAUUUCAAGGGCCACUCGAUCACCUGCGUCCUGACCUUUUGUCAAAGAGUUAUCGAAAAAGGUGUAACGGACGGCGUUAUUCUUUAGCAAAUGACCAUGAUGCCCAUGAUAAGAGGCCGGCCAUCAUCGAGUCUUCCAAUGGGACAAAAAUGAUACACAACGGAUUCAAAAAAACCUGGAGACUCAUUAAUCCAAUGGAGGUUACGGUACUUGGCCUUAUCCGACGCAACGUCAAUACAGUCCACGAUAUGGUAGUGGUCACGUGUGCGGAAAUCGACGACGACGGCGUGCUCCACCUGGCCAAUUUUCUUGGCGAGGAAAUUCCCAAAAAUCAACUCCGCGAAUCUUUGAAACCUCUUGCGGUUCAGCAGGUCAACGAAGGACAGCUUGUCUGCAUUCGAGGCGAACGUGGAGUGCUUGCCUGCGUGGUGACCUCUAUAUCUAGCCCAAGAGGCAAUCGACAUCAAGAUCGCUACGAACUGCAAGUGCUUAACCGGGGGUGCGAUGGACAAAUUGUAGCAGGUACUGUUACAAUGAAACGUCGCGAAGUAUACGAGAUGCCAGGACUAUUUUUGGUCCGUCCGUUGAAUCCGAUUGAAACAGUUCCUGCGCCACUUGAGGCUGCUCGCUUCGUCCAUGACAUGACUGUCUUAACUUUAGCGCAAACAUAUUUCUUUACCAUCCUAUUUCAAGGGGGAGAAAAGCUUACGAACCAUCCAGGACAGGCUGCAAGUACGUCAGGCAAAUCGCCUAACGGCAGACCUGAGAUUAAAGUCUCGCACCAAUUGUUGCUGGUAGACACACCGAUGUUCGGUUUUCUCAUCCCGCUCAGCGGACUUACACCUGACCGGGUCGCCAAAUGCAACCGCUACUUAAACUAAUUAGUCGUAUGGAUAACGUGCGACUUUAAACAUUUGCCAUAAGGAAUAGUGGGAAGCUCUGCUGCCGGCUCAAAACUAUUCACGUUCUUUCUAUUAGAUUUUAUCAAUAACAUCAUUAUAAUCCUUUACUUUUACGAAAAUAUUUGGCGAUCAGGACGGACGAGUGUAUGGGACAGGUGACACCUCAUGAAGGGUUCCGUGAUCUGAAAUAGCUUGACAAUGGAUAUCAUCGUACAUGACAAGGAUACCUGUCAUGAGUUUUUAAACAACUCCAUUAGGCUCAUUAUGCUGAUGUAUUGGAAGAAUUAUACAUUACGCUGUAAUAGGUCAAUAAGUAAAAGGUUAAAAAACUAAUUGUAAAUUUAGAUAGAAUGAGCCAGUUAAAAAAAUAUGUUAUUUAAAAGAAAAAAAAUCCAUUAAUAAAGUCAGUCAGUUAUACACGCCU